AUUUCAAAAUGCUUAUGCUUGAAAGUCUGCUGGUUUUUUCGUGCUUAAAUCGAUUGUGUUAUCAAUUUAUGUUCCCUUUGCUUUGUUUUAUAUUAAUUGUUAAAAUCUCUCUUUAACUGAAAAUGAGGCAGAAACAACAAACUGCAAAAGUCAAAGGAACAAAGGCGAGUUCUGGAGUCGUAAGAUUAGGAACGAAGGACCAUUCAGCACAAUUCACUGGAUCGCCUAACCUUAAGACCCCAAAGAAAAUAUUGGGAGGCAAAAGAAUUUUGGAACAUUCUGGAAAAAUCAACAAGUCUAACCAUCCUGCGCUUGGAUCACCCAAAAAGAGUAAAGGAAAUAAAACACAAACAUCAGUUUCCCUCAAAGCAAGUACUGAAAAAGCUGUAGAUUCAGCAGUCAAAACACCUAGGAAGUAUCGGCCAGGAACAAAAGCGCUGAAUGAAAUAAGGAAAUAUCAAAAAGGAACCGAUUUCCUGGUGCAAAAAGCCCCAUUCCAACGCUUAGUUCGUGAAGUCACCGAUUCUCUUACAGAUUCAACUUCAAGGUUUACUGCUGAUGCACUUGAAUGCCUACAGACUGCUUCUGAAGCUUUUAUAAUCCAAGUGUUUGAGGACUCGGUAUUAGCCAUGAUUCACGCCAAGAGAGUUACGCUUAUGGUUCGGGAUAUCCAAUUCAUUAGACGAUUACGAGGCAUAUAAUGAGAUUUCUCAUUGCCAUCAUCGAGCAUUCGUUUAUCGCCAGUUUGCUAAAUUCAACCAAGCCAUUGUAUAAUCACGUUUCAAUCAUCAUCGUAUGUAUUUGAACUUACUUGCUCUUUUUCUCGAAAUAACCAAUAUACAAAAUCGUCAAAUUUAA